UCUCUACUCCGGUGUCAGGGACUGAACGGCAUUGUGGGACAGAGGCGGACUUGCAGAGGUUUCCGGAUCCCCUGGACUGUACUGGGAAAAGUGAGAAUAUAAGGGAGGAGAAGAAGAGAAGUCUGUCUUUUGUAUUAUUGUCAGAAGUUUACAUCGAGUUUUUCUUUAGCCAAGUAGCUGCAGGCAUGUCACAGUCUGGAGAAAAAAGCAAGUUCCCUGAGGCUGCCGGGUAUGUGGGCUUUGCUAACCUCCCUAACCAGGUACAUCGAAAGUCUGUGAAAAAAGGUUUUGAGUUUACACUGAUGGUAGUAGGAGAGUCUGGACUGGGUAAAUCCACCCUCAUCAACAGCCUGUUUCUCACUGACCUCUAUCCAGAGCGCUACAUACCUGGAGCAGCAGAGAAGAUUGAGCGCACAGUGCAGAUCGAGGCUUCAACGGUGGAGAUCGAGGAGAGGGGGGUGAAGCUUCGCCUCACCGUGGUGGACACUCCUGGAUAUGGAGAUGCCAUCAACAGUCAAGACUGUUUUAAGACCAUCAUCCAGUACAUUGACAAUCAGUUUGAACGCUACCUGCAUGAUGAAAGUGGCCUGAAUCGCAGACACAUUGUGGACAACAGAGUUCACUGCUGCUUCUAUUUCAUAUCUCCAUUUGGACACGGACUGAAGCCACUGGAUGUUGAAUUUAUGAAAGCCAUCCACAGCAAAGUUAACAUUGUCCCUGUAAUCGCAAAAGCUGACACUCUGACGCUCCGAGAGAGGGACCGCUUGAAGCGGAGGAUCCUGGAUGAGAUUAGUGAGCAUGGCAUCCGCAUCUACCAGCUCCCUGAUGCAGACUCUGAUGAGGACGAGGAGUUCAAAGAGCAGACCCGUGUCUUAAAGGCCAGUAUUCCUUUUGCUGUGAUUGGCUCGAACCAGCUGAUUGAGGUGAAGGGGAAGAAGAUUCGAGGGCGUCUGUACCCUUGGGGUGUGGUGGAAGUGGAGAAUCCUGAACACAAUGAUUUCCUCAAACUGCGCACCAUGCUGGUGACUCAUAUGCAGGACCUGCAGGAAGUGACUCAGGACCUACACUAUGAGAAUUUCCGCUCAGAGAGACUGAAGCGAGCUGGCAGGUCAGUUGAGGAUGAAGUGCUGGACAAAGAUCAGAUCUUAAUGGAAAAGGAGGCUGAGCUGAGACGCAUGCAGCAGAUGAUUGCUCAAAUGCAGGCUCAAAUGAAGAUGAAGCCAGGAGAUGACUGAAAAAGAUGAUGUAUUAUGUACUUGUUUGUUGCAGUAGCAACAAAAAACCAGAGAUCUACUAUGCUAUUGGCUUCAUUACUUCAGUCCCUGUUUCUACCAUGACUCUGGGCACUUCAAAACUACGGUUCAGUUUUCUUUUGCCAUAUAUAUUUAUCUUUCUCAAAUUUCUUAUUUCAGUGCAUCACACCAUGUGCGCAACUUUAUCCACAUUUGAUCGUUAACUAAAUCUUAUAUUUAAGCUUAUUCAGUAGCUUAUAAAUAUACCACCAUGUUAAUUAUUUUUAAUUUGCAUAGAUCCAUGUUACAUUGCAAGUAAUCCAUGGUACGUAUAACUGUAAACAGUUUCAGGUUCAGUUGUUUGUCUUGUCUUUCCACACUGUCCGUACUCAAUCGUGCCUGCUGCUGGCAGGAAGCAGCUCACACUGUACCAGUGACCUCUCACAAUUCUCCUGCUUCUACAUGUCCAGCUGGUGCCUUCUCUACACAUACAGAUUUUACUGGGAACUGAGAAAAUGGUGAUAGAAUUUGAACUCAAUCUGUUAAGUGUUAUACAAACACACUAAAGGAAUUUACUAGUUAUUCAAAGUAAAUGAAAAUUUCCACCCACGAUCACAACAAAAUCCAUAUGGUCUCAGAAGUUUUUCUUAUAAGUGGAUUUCUAAUUGAUGAAAAACAGUGCCUUAAUUUGGGUGCCUUGGACACACAUUAUCAAUUCUAUUUUUUUUGUUACUGCGUGAGAGAAUACCAUGUACGUACUUCAUCUGUUUUAUGCUUUGAUUGGCACUAGGGGGCAACAGCCACCAGUACAAUGCAGGGCUAUUUCACAGGGAGUCUUUUUUUUCAGCCUCUUGUACUUAAAAGAUUUUGACAUUAUUUGCCCAAUAUGAAAAUUGAUUUAUCAAAGUUAUUAAUUCAAUUAUAACUUAACAUAAUACUUUAAUUCUUUGUGUAUAUAUAUAUAUAUAUAUAUAUAUAUAUAUAUAUAUAUAUAUAUAUAUAUAUAUAUAUACACAUGAAUUAAUUGAUUCUAAACAUUGAUUGAAUAAUUUCUAAUUAUUUGCCCUAAAUUGUACUCAGAUAUUUUAUUAAUUCUGAGAUCCUAUUAGAAUAUGAAUCCAAAGACAGAGGCAUGUGUAAAUGAAACGUAUCAUGGUUUUGAUGUUUGAUGAAAUAACAUGUCAGAUGCUGAUGAUGAUAUUGACUGGAAAUUUUGUGUAUUAAACAAAAGUGUUACACACUCUUUCAUUUUGAAGCCUCUUUUUAUACCUUUAAAUCUUUCCUGUGUAUUGUCAUUUUUCUCUGAGUAACGAGUUAUUUCCUUGAUGCCACUGUACUCAUUAGUGAUCAUAUAAACAUUCUGCAGAUAUUUUGUAAAUGUUGUGACCCAGCCCUAAUUACUCAUGUGGCUUAGUCAUCUCCUGUUUACAGACUAAUGUUUCUUAGAUGUUUUUCGCAUAUCCACGGUAGAAGUUCACUACCUUGUGAAAUGGUGAUUUUUGUGUGUUCACUUUGAGCAAUAAACGUUCAGAUGUUCUAAGA